AUGUCUAAACGUGCUUGGCAUCCAUCCCUUUUACCUGUAAUUCCAGUUCAAUCUGUGCCUCAUUUGGAAAAUUACAAAUUUACUCCAGCACAGCAAGGAUGUGUUGAUUCAUUCUUAACUAAGUAUUGGUGGAACGUAAUCGCUCGAGCGAUGCCUCCUUCUAUACAUCCAAAUGUUGUCACUAUCAUUGGCUCAGUCUUCAUGCUAUUUGCCUUCACCAUUUCCAUUGCCCAUGUGACAGGACUUAUUCUAAAGAAAACUGCUUGCAUUUACUUCACCAUUGCUUUUUGUGUCUUCAUGUACCAAACUUGCGAUGGAAUAGAUGGAAUUAUGUCAAGAAGAUUAGGCCUUUCAUCUCCACUGGGACAAUUUUUGGAUCAUGGAUUUGAUACAAUUUACGCAAUUUUGUGGCCAUUAUUUUUACUUGUGAUUUUUGACUGUGACUUCAACGUAUUCUUCCAUCUUUCGUUGUUUGCAGUAUAUAUACAAUUAGUCCUCAUCAUGUUCAAGGAGCAAGAUAAAGGCGUUUUUUACAGUCACAAUAACUUCACAUGCGUUACCCAUGCUCAAUUUAUGACCAUACUUUCCAUGAUUAUCAAGGGCACAUAUGGCAUGGAGUGGGCGAUGCUUCCUCUUAAAUCUACCAAUAUUGGCAGAAUCCUCUUCAGUACAUUCUUGGCCAAGAUGAUUCCCGCUUACUGGAACGUUUAUCAUCUUAUCCUCUUCGUCGUCAUCACUUGUAACGCAAUUGCAGUUAUGAUCGACGUAAUAACGACCUUUGGAGCAUAUAAACAGAAGUCUACACUAGCUAAAUUGAUGUUAUCUGCCGCUAUACACUUUAUGUUCAUCUAUGCCGUGCACUGCUAUAAACCUUUAGGAAAGGGUGGUUUCUUUAGCAAACCAACCCUACCCAAGACCCUGAGGAUGCUUAUGUACGCUUUUACCCUACUAUGUUUCAGCUCCAUAUCAAUUUACAACCUGAUAUGCGUGGUUUGUAAAGUGCAGAUGACAUAUGGAUUCACUCACUUGAUUCCCAUAUACUUUUUCCUUUCCCUAUACUACUUAAAGUACGUUUUGGGGGUAACGUUGCCAAAGAUCGAUAAAAUUUUCACUACACAUGAAAAUUUGACAUUACUCUUCGCUGGGGCAGCUGGUUACUGUGCCCUGUACAUAGUUCAUCACUUUGUUUGCGUUGUCUUGGAAAUCAAACAUCAUUUGGGGCUCACAGUUUUUUAUGUCAAGCCACGUAUAUCUUCUGCAAGGAAAUUCUAA